GAAUGCAGCACCUUCACCUGACUUUUCUUUUUACUUUCAGAGCAAAACGUGGCGACCACGCAGAACUAACUAGCUUCCUGUGCAACAAAGCCCACCUGAGUGUGUGUGAGUGAGUGAGUGUGUGCGCUUGUAUGUAUAUGUGUGCGUGAGGUCAUGUCGGGCAUGACGAGUGGCGUGUGUGUGGACAGUGACCUCUCCUCGAUGCUCCAGAGAAGCUCAGCCCCCUCGCACCAUCACCCAAAUCACCAUGGCUACGGCGGACAGGGACAGGUGUCGGGCCUGGCUCCCAUGCUGGACUACACUACAGAGAUGGAUCGUUACCGCUCCUCCAUCGCCAGUUUCUACAAGACCAACGUCAAUAUGAACAUGAACGUUACAAACUUCCCUCAGUCAGCCAAACUGGCCGCCCGCUUGGCCGCGGCCGCCCCCAUCUUCCCUCCCACCGCUGCCAGACUUGGGGCUAUGGCGACGACACCCUGGGGUUGCCACGACAACAUGAACAUGAACAUGAACCACCCGGCGGCAAUGUUCUGGGGCCGACCUAAACCCGUGGCGGCCACGCCGACGCACCACCCCCACCACCAUCAUCACCCCUCUGCGACGCCGGGUCACAUGACCUCCUCGCACCCCCAUAGUACCAGCAUGCACCAGAGCAGCAGCAGUGGGUCGGGAGGGGGAGGAGGUGGUGGGAGCAGUGACGGUGGAGGGGCUGAGAAACACGGACACACUGCCUCACUUCCUGUUUCACAGGGAACGGCACACCAUCACGCCAUGGCAUCAAGCAACGGGAACUUCCUUCCUGGAUACAGUGGCGGAACAGACUGUGGCGUCAUGAACAAGCAGGGACACACCCACGCGGACAUGAUAGGCCUAUCAGAGGGUGGCAGCUGCAACGGAGGAGGGGUUAUGGGUGGCAGCUUCCUGGGGGGGCUGGGACUACCUCCCGGGGUCAUUGUUAUGGCGAUGGGGUCAGCAGGGGGCGGGAUCUCAGACGCUAGCAGCGCCUUUCAGAUGACAGGCGGCCAGCGGGCGCUAACAGACUGCCAGCAGCAUGCCAACUCCUCCCCCUGCCCCUCCUCCUCCUCGCCCCCAUCAUCAGGUGUGACAGCGGCGGCCGUUUCCCUGUCGUCAUCAUCAUCUUCGUCAUCCGGGACGGUGGCUAAAAGAAAGAGGAAACGAUGUGGCGUGUGCGGGCCGUGCAGGCGGCUCAUCAACUGUGGCGUCUGCUCAUCGUGCCGCAACAGGAAGACGGGUCACCAGAUCUGCAAGUUCAGGAAGUGCGAGGAGCUGAAGAAGAAGCCGGGGGGAGGAGGGGGGGUGCUGGAGCGGCCUCCCUCUGUCCCAGCCAGUGAGGCAUUUCGUUGGUUCUUCUAG